AUGAACCACGAACACCAUCACGGAAUGCACCAUAUGGAAGAAACUACCACUAUGAUGCCCCACCAUCAUUCACCUACAGACUCUCAUGCUCAUGGUGGGGGAGGAGGAGGACACAUGAUGAUGCCUAUGACCUAUUUUGGAUAUAAGAAUGUAGAAGUGUUGUUUUCUGGAUUAGUGAUCAAUACACCUGGGGAAAUGGCUGGGGCAUUUGUGGCUAUCUUUUUGUUAGCCAUGUUCUAUGAAGGCCUCAAGAUAGUCCAGGAAAGCUUGCUGCGUAAGUCCCAGGUCAGCAUUCGUUACAACUCCAUGCCAGUCCCAGGGCCAAAUGGAACCAUCCUUAUGCAAACACACAAAACUGUUGGGCAACAGAUGCUAAGUUUACCUCACUUUCUGCAGACAGUACUACAUGUUAUCCAGGUGGUCAUCAGCUACUUCCUUAUGCUUAUCUUUAUGACCUACAAUGCAUACCUCUGCAUCACAGUAGCAGCAGGAGCUGAAACUGGCUACUUUCUCUUUAGCUGGAAGAAGGCAGUAGUAGUGGACAUAACAGAGCACUGCCAUUAA